AUGUCCGACCUCAAGGAAAUCAUCAGCAUUGAGAGCUGGGAGCAACAUAUCUCGUCACUUCCGCCAUCCACUCUUCUGAUCGUUUCAUUCCAUACGCCAUGGGCGGCGCCAUGCGCGCAAAUGGAAACCGUCCUCAAGACCUUGGCCAGCGAAUAUCCCGUAACCGAGCCGCCGACGACUUCGUGGGUAAAGAUCAAUGCGGAGGAUUUGACAGAUAUCAGCGAGGCCUACAAUGUAACAGCUGUUCCGUUCCUGGUUCUCAUCCGGAAUGGAGAAGUGUUGGAGACAGUCAGCGGGAGCAGCGCUGUCAAAGUGCGGAACGCGAUCGAACGUCACGCAAAUAAAGCUGGGACGGCGGCCACUACCAACAACGGUCCCGCGGCCGGCGUCACCAACAAUGAGGGCGAGGUUGCGACGGACGAAGACCCGGAUAAGAAGAAGCAGGAACUCUUCAGGCGUCUGGGCGAUUUGGUCAAGGCUGCGCCUGUUAUGUUGUUCAUGAAGGGGACACCGAGCGAGCCGAAGUGCGGUUUCUCGCGACAGAUGGUCGGCAUUUUGCGCGACAAUGCAGUCAAAUAUGGCUUCUUCAAUAUCCUGGCCGAUGACGAAGUGCGACAGGGACUGAAGGAGUAUGCCGACUGGCCAACCUACCCACAGCUCUGGGUUGAUGGUGAACUAGUUGGUGGUCUCGAUAUCCUCAAGGAGGAAUUGGAGAGCAAUGCAGACUUUCUGAAGCCGUAUAGCGUCAAGGCGAACGGCGAUGCCUCGGCUGCGACAUCAUGA